AUUUUUUUUGUUUGGAAAAUAUAUAUUCAGUUUUGGAGUUUAUUUUGCGUCUUAAAUAAACAUUAUCUAUUGUAUUAUAUAUUUCGGGAGAAGUCAUAAAAUGUUUACUACAAAAGGUAUUGCUUCUUCAGUGAAUCGGCUGAGUGCAAUAAAUUCAUUAAGCUUCAGAAAAGAAAUCAAUGGUGUUUAUACCCAUACUGGAUUAAGGCAAUUGCAUACAACUAUUGUUUGUCCGAAUAAUGCACGAGUUGCUACAUUGCCGUUACCCAACAACAUCGAUCCAGCUGAGUCUACGCGUUUUUCACCAAAUCGUACUCGGGAUAUAAAUGGUCCUGUGAUUCUUUCACAACAAGCUCAAUCGGUUUUAUCCAAGAUAGACAUAACGGCAGACAACUCAGCUGCAACAACAAACAACACUUUGAGGGACAAUUAUGGUCAGCAAGAUCCUCACAUACAAUCUUAUGACUGCUUCGGCGCAGUGAGUCUCAACGCAGUUAUGCAAAGCAAUGUGCCCAAUCCAUAUGGUGGGAUGCACAAGUUCUCGCAUUUAAAUAUGCCUGGAGGGCAGUGGUCUCAAGAGGGUAAAUUCAUGUCGCAUAACUUGCACAGCUCCCAUUAUACUAAUUUGCGCAAGGAUGUGCGUUCUAACUGGAUGACAUAUGACCAAGAUUAUAAUAUUAAUAAAAAAGAGUACGCAGCUACAGCAACAAACACACUUUUAAAAAAUAAUAUAAUGCCAAGUUUGGAAAAACGUCAUUAUUGUACAAAAGUCGAAGGAGAUAAACAACCUACAGUUCUAAGCAAAAAGGAGCAGCUUAAAAAGGCGUUCAAAGACUAUGGAUCCACAGUAAUAAUAUUUCAUGUGACUAUAUCAUUGGCAUCGCUGGGAGCUUGUUAUUUACUAGUUUCUGGAGGAAUAGAUAUUGUGCCAAUUUUAGAACGCCUUGGCUUAGCAUCAACAGCGCUUUCGAAUAAAAUUACGACUGGUGCCAGCACUUUUGUUAUUGCAUAUGCCAUACACAAAGUAUUUGCGCCGGUACGAAUAAGCAUUACAUUGGGCGCCACCCCAUUUAUAGUACGAUUUAUGAGAUCCAAGGGUUAUAUGAAGCCUCCAAAAAAAUAAAUUGUAAUCAUAUAUAUUUUAACGACUAACAAUGAACAUUUCACUAACAUUAUGCUAAAAGCAUACAUUUAUAUACUCUAUGUAUAUGUAAAAUAUAUGAAAAUAUUGUAGAUAGGUAUAUCAUUUUAAAUGCAUUAAAUUAAACACAAAUUGCCUUAA